GCGCUGCGCGCGGCUCCCGCGCCGGUGGGGUCAGGCGGCGGCGGGAGCCCAGCGCAGGUGGCGGCCCCGGGAGCGGCCGCUCCGCUCCGCUCCGCUCAGGGAUGGAGCGCGGCGCGGCGGCGCUGAUCCGCGAGGGCUGGUUCCGCGAGACGUGCCGCCUGUGGCCCGGCCAGGCCAUGUCGCUGCAGGUGGAGGAGCUCCUGCACCACCAGCGCUCCCGCUACCAGGAGAUCCUCGUCUUCCGCAGCACCACGUACGGCAACGUCCUGGUCCUGGAUGGGGUGAUCCAGUGCACGGAGCGGGACGAGUUCUCCUACCAGGAAAUGAUCGCCAACCUGCCCCUCUGCAGCCACCCCGACCCCCGCAAGGUGCUGAUCAUCGGCGGCGGCGACGGGGGAGUGCUGCGGGAGGUGGUCAAACACCCGACCGUGGAGUCCGUGGUGCAGUGCGAAAUCGAUGAGGAUGUGAUCCAGGUAUCUAAGAAAUACCUCCCAGGGAUGGCAGUGGGGUAUUCCAGUGCUAAGCUGACCUUGCACGUGGGAGAUGGUUUUGAGUUCAUGAAACAAAAUCAAGAAGCCUUUGAUGUGAUUAUCACAGACUCGUCUGACCCCAUGGGUCCUGCAGAAAGUUUGUUCAAAGAAUCUUAUUACCAGCUGAUGAAGACAGCCCUGAGAGAAGAUGGGAUUCUCUGCUGCCAAGGUGAGUGCCAGUGGCUGCACCUGGAUCUCAUUAAGGAGAUGCGUCAGUUCUGCAAGUCUCUGUUCCCGGUUGUGGAAUACGCCUAUUGCACCAUCCCCACGUAUCCCAGCGGGCAGAUUGGCUUCAUGCUCUGCAGCAAGAACCCGAACACGAAUUUCCGUGAGCCUGUGCAGCAGCUCUCGCAGCAGCAGGUGGAGGAGAGGUGUCUGAAGUACUACAAUUCUGAUAUUCACCGGGCAGCGUUCAUUCUGCCAGAGUUUGCACGGAAGGCCCUGAGCGAUGUGUGAGACCGAGACGCUGCUUCCUUCCUUCAAGUUGGACUCUGAGAUCAUCAGUGAUGUGGCUGGGAUCUUCUCAGCAGGCUGCAGAUUUGCUCUCCACUGUGUGGGAUUGUUUAACCCUUGGCCAGCCAACAUUCCCUCUGAUGUGUUAAAGAUGAUGGGGCAUAAGCCAGAUAAGACUAUUGAAAAGGUCCAGUGACUUAUUGCGUGAGGUCAAAACUGUUCUUUCCAGUGCUGGAAAUGUAAGAUGUCUUCUUCCUUUCUCUCCUCCCUGCACCCAUUCUAAAUUCUCCCAUCCCAAGCACACCCCACACCCCCCAACUAACAUGAUGUAUUUAUAACUGACACAUAUUUCUGUCUGGUGGUCUGGGAAGAGUUCAAAGGGUCCCUGACUCAGCCUUAAGCACAGAGAGAGAGCUCGAGCUCUGUGCACAGGUAGCUCCUCACUCUCUCCUCAUGGGAGCUCCCCGCUGCUGACACGUUUUAGACUGGUAACAGAUCUGAGCCUUUGUGUCCCACUGCCCUCCUGUGAUCCUGCACUGCUCUGCAGCACAGCUGGAGAAGUCACAGUGCAAACUGUUGCCAUUCACAAUCGGUCUCCCUCCAACCCUGAUGGAGUAGCAGUAUUAAACAGCAGCCAGGCAGGCUGGCUGCAGUCUUGUGACCUUUUUUUUAAUUGGUUAGAAACAGAAGUUCUGAGGUGCCAACAGGCUGACUCCUGUUCUUACCUCUGCCCUCAGAGAUGAUCCAAAGAAUGCUUAUCAAUAUGAUAAUAGGCAUAUAUAUAUAUAUAUAUAUAUUUAAAAAGGUUUGUUUUUUAUAUAUAUAUAUAUAAAUAAAAACCAAACCUUUGCUCCAUUGCCUGAUGUUCAGUACUGAUGUUGGGGAGUCAGUUGUGCUGACAAAUCUCAUCUCAGUCAAGCUGAGCUGCCUCAGGCCUGGGUAUUUGCAAGUCCUUAGGGACCAUCGUUAUUUCCAAUGCUGCCCCCAGAUGCCUAAGCUGUUUUUCAUUGCACUCUCUAAGAUGGAUCUGCCUUCACUUCCUUACUUCUGUUCUGAAGAUUCCAUACCCCUGACCAGUGGGAAUCACCCUCCCAGCACAGCCACCGUGCCACUGUCACUCCCUUGCACUCAAUUAAACACUCAGCUCUGGUUAAGGUAGCAUCAGUGUUCUCUGGGGAAGAGGAGAUCCUGAAGGUUUGCUGUGCUUCCAGGUGCGUUCUACCUGCUCUUACUUCCUCCCUCACUCAUCUUUAGGGAUGACAAGUUACCAAAAUCAAGCUCUGAAGAUCCCAUUGCGUGUUUUGUAUUGCAGUGUAGCUGCCUGAUAGCUCCUCCAGCUUCUGUCAUCCUUUGUACUGCAGACUCAGUGCCUGCUUUCCAAGCUGUUCUCCAGUCCAAAUGCUGCCUCUGUUACAGUUUUCCAAGUGUUUUUCCAGCUGCCCAUCUCCCUGCUGCCAUCAGGUAGCUCCUGUCAGUUCUGCACUCUCUUUUCCACUGCAGAAGUAGUGGAGGGCUGAACCACUGAGCUCCAGUUGAGGAGGCUGGGGAAAGGCACUGGGUGACAUCAGGAAAAGAGAAAUUCUCCUUCUGAGAGGCUUUUUCAGGUUGGUUAGAGAGAACUAGAAGAAGCAGACUUUAGCAAGUGUUGGGGUUGAGCUUUGCCAUAAUAGUGACCCUACAAACAGUGUAGGUGUUCCAGCCACUGUGUGCCCACAGCACAGGAUUUUUGGGGUCAGUACUCUCCUCCUCUCCUGUUUCUGAUGAGACUUAGCACUGCUUUCCCAGUGUCUCCUUCCAGCACCAGUGUUGGUACAGUUUCUUUGUGGUCUCAAGGGUUUGCAAAGCAUUGCUGAGCUGCAGAGCUGAGUCCAGAUCUCUGUAUUCUUGUGUUGAGAAGAUAACACCUAUUUUUCUCUCAACUGUUUGGGUGUCUGUCUUCUUUCUCACACAAUUAAUUUGGGUUAAUGAGGCAUUUUCAUUGCUCAACUCUUGUAUUUUUAUAAGGAGCAGACCAGUAAUGGAGGCUCCUCCUGUUUGAAUUCCUGUGGGAUCUGAACCUCACUCAGCCUUUCAUCCUUGACAGAAAAUUAGCCCUGGCACUUUCCCCUAGAGCAGGAAUCAAGACCAGGACUAUAGUCUGGGAAGGCGUUAGAGCAGCAGCCAACUGGUAACAAGUUCAAGCCUUUCACCCAUCCUUGGUGAGUACAACAAUGCCCAGGAGGGAAAGAGCUUCCUCAAACCUGCUGUUGGCCUCCACACAGCUAAUUAUUCCUUCUGGUUCUUUGAGCUCUCUCCAAAUGUGUGAGUUCAGCAAGUGGCCAGUGAUGAGAGCAGAAGACAAGGCUGUUUCCCAUCCAAGUCACACGUCCUCUGCCCACAAGGCCCUAUAUAUAUGUAUUUAUAUAUAUACACAGUUUCUGACUGAUUCCAGGUCACUGUACUCCACAGACAGUUCCAAACACUUCAGUGCCUUCAGUGUGAGGAGACAGAGACUCGGUGCCUGAAUCAAGCACUCAUUAAAUGAAUGCAGCAAGAGAGGGAGCAGAGGCUUGUGCACCUGUAGCUGCUUCCACCUGAGCUUCAGGACUUGAAAAUCACCCCUGUGCUGAUCCCUGCCUCAGGCUUCUCUGCCCUAAGAGCUGCUGGGAUGGUGUUUGGCAGCUGCAAGGCAGUUGUGUCCACAGAUGGAACAUCCCUUCCACAAAUUGGUGUCUGAGCUGUUAUGCUGCAGGAUGUGGUGGCCAAGGGACUCUGGGGGUUGAAGAGACUGGAAAUUUGGGUCGUGCUCCACGGGAGGAAACUGUGGGGUCUCACGCAGAACUGAGCACUGGCCACUUUUGCACCGUCUCUAGGUGGGCAGUUAAAAUUCUAACUUUGCUCAGAGUUUUAGCUGUCGUUUGCCUGAGGCUAGUUAAGCAAGAGUGUUCGUAAGCAAAGAGUCACAAAGAUGAUGUUUGUCUAGACACGCUGCAGUCGUGUUCCAGCGUCUCACUAAGGCAGGAGCAUAUGAACAGGGAUAGGCUUUGUCCCAGGUGAAAUGUAAUGUCAGAGCAGGUGCAGACAGGCAAGGGAAUGGAGCCUGAUGGGCUUUAGCCCAUCCAUUGCUUAAGUUGCUUGGCACCUUUUGAGCUGUGUCAAACUGCUCUGAGCUUUACUCGUUGAACUAACUCAAUUUUUAGAAGUUCAGAAGAGAGUUUUUAAAAAAAAAAAAAAAAUUGAGAGAAACCUCUUGCCUGUAUCUCUUGAGCGCUUUCAGUCAGUUAUUUGGCAUGAGUGUCAUAUCCACCCAGAGCUAAUGUUAUUGAGGCCUGGCUGAACUCUGGAUGGAGCUUGGCUGGAGCAAAAGGCUGCUGAAGAAUGACAUUCGUCAGAACAGCAGUCUCAGUAAGCAAGCAGUCAAAAAAAAGUAUUAAAAAGUGCUACCAAGUUCAGGUAGAGGAAAGUUCCCUUGUUAAAAGGGGAAGAAGAGGGAAAAGUGUGGACAACAUGAAACAAGAGCUCAGGUCUAGCAAACCUGGCCUGUUUAAUGAGCUGUAAUUUCAAGCCUGUGAACUAAUUUGUUUCCCCUUCCAGGAAGGCUCACAACUGUCAGCUGACUAUUGCUUUAUUUAUUGCAUUUGCCUUUAUAACCUGAGGGCAGAGAGCAAGGGUUCCAAUGACAGGAAGGCAUUUUAACUCCUCCUGCUGCAGCUGAGAGCCUUACCUUUGGGAACCAGAAACUUCUGGAGGCCUGGUGGGAUUCUGCUAGGUGCUUCAAAACAUGGUGACCUGAACCCAGACCAGGCAACAAAUGGGCAAAAGACAGCAAAUGUCCAGGCCAUAGAGGAGAGCCAUUGAGAAGUGACCUCAUUCCUCAGUGUGGCAUUUGGUGCCAGACACGGUGAUAGCUCUUGUGCUCCUGCAGUGCUCAGUCUUUGCUGCUGCACAGGCACUGAGGAGGGGUCAGAGGCAUCUCUUGAAUGACAAAACCUCUCCCACUGCAUGUUGUGUGUGCAGCCUUCAUCACAAAAAGAUGGAGGUUAUCUCGAGUGAUUGUGGAAGCGUUUUCUGCUGCACUUCUGAACCCACUCUGCAUCUCUGCUGAAGACACUGUGAGACAAAAUCCUUGGAGAGGCAAGCAUUUUCCAGUUAUUGAAUGCAGAAAUUCCUUCUGGAGAAUGCCCACCUCAGGUUCCUGUGGUUGUGUUCACAGGUGGACUGAUUUCAGAGAGAUCUGCCCUGUGAAGUGCCAGAAAUCCACUCAGGCCAUGUGCAUCUGAGGGCAGGAGAGCAUCAAGGAACGUGAUUUCCAAAGGGGGAGUCAGAUAACAGAGAGAGGGGUAAGAGGAAAGACUAAUCAGAAAUGUUUAUUGUUCCAAGGGAGGACCUUUACCAUGUCCUGUACAGGGUCAUAAGCAUUUAAGGGUUAGCACAAAAAAAAAAAAAAAAUAUAUAUAUAUAUAUAUUUAUGCCUUCUUAAAGGUCAGCCAACUAAUGAACAUGAAACAGGAACAGUGGCAAUAAAGAACAAUCCUGGUGCUAUACCUUCAACUCUAUCUGAUUACAAACAAGAGCAAGUUUUAUCACCAGAGAGUUAUUUUAUUUCCUCUGGAGGAGAUGGUGCUACAUCUUGUGGUGCGGAGGUGGGGAGCAGCACCUGCAAAAGGGCUGGAGGACAGACUAACACAGGGGAAGCAGCAGAGCGAAUGUGAAAGGGAAGGGCACUAGGGAACGUGGAGGAAUCUGGAAAAGAGGUGCCUGCUAUUGAGAGAAUCUGUAGCAGAACUCAGGGGGGAACUUGUUUGGAUUUGGAGAUCCAUUCCUACUGUGGGCACUGGAAUACAAGUGCUUUGAUGUGACCCCCUUCACCCCCUCCCAGCUGGGAAGAGACACUUUCCUCCACGGAUGCAUGCUGUGAAGGAUGGCUCUUUUCUGAAGGAAGGAAAACCUGAUGCUCCAGUGUCCCAGGGGCAGCUGAGAGGCAGCCCUGGAAGGACAAGGCCAGCCAGAACUGCCAGUCCUGUCAGGUUUUUUCUGGGAGUAGUCCUUGGGCGCUUGCAAUUUUAAGAGGUGGAAUCUCCCUUUGUGUGAUGGGCACCUGGCCAAGAAUGACCACACAUUUCCACAGGAGGAAAAGCUGUGUGCACCAGUGUCUCAGGGGCAGCUGUGAGACUGCUCCUGCGAGGCCAAUGCCUGCCAGACCUGUCAAUUUUUGCAGUUUUUCACUGGGAGCAACCCUUGGAGGUUUGCAGCUUUAGGAGGCAGAAUCCCACUUUGUGCCACAAGCUCCUGGCCACACAGGAUGGUUCUUUCCCACAGGAAGGAAAGCUUGGCAUUUCAGUGUGUGUGAGAGGCAGCCCCUGGGAGGCCAAGACCGUCCAGACCUUUCUUCUGGGAGAAUCCUCUGAUGUUCACAGUUUUAGGGGGCAGGAUCUCACUUCCCCCCAGAGCUGUGUGCUGUGGAGGACAGUGCCUGUCCGCAGGAAGGAAAGCCUGGUGCUCCGGUGUCUUAAGUGUAGAUAAGAGGUGGUCCCUGGGAAGCUAAGGCCAGCCAGACUUCUUGGUGCUGGUAGCUUUCUUUUGGGAGCAAUCCUCGCCUGCUUGCAAUUGUAGGAGGCAGCAUCCCACUUUCAGCCCUGGGUGCCUGGCUGUGAAAGACUUUUCUAUUUAUGCAGAGAAGAAAGCCUGACACUAUUGAGAUACCCUUUUAGAUUAGGGUGAGAAGAACUUUCCUCUCAUGGGCCUUUGCAGACACAUGUCAAUAUUUCUCAGGUUUUGUUGUUUCACUGUUUUAAAUUUAUGUCACCCUGUCACCAUAUAUGCACACCUGCCAGGAUGUUCUCCCUUCCCUCGGACCCUGUUGGGUUAUUUUUGCUGCAGUACCACACCCCUGUAGCCCCAUUAGUCCCCUCAGUUCCUAGCCACCCCUCUGUUGCCCUAUCCCUAUUGGACCCUGGCCCUCAGAAACUCCCCUUUUAUCUGCUAUAUAACCUUGGAUCCUUGGCCCAGUUUUGGCUCUCGUCCCUGGUCUACAUUCGAGGCUGUACCCACGAUGCAGACAAUAAACAGAGCUCAGUAAACAAACAGGAGAUAACAGAUGAGGGAUCCUAAUCACAGCUACCUGUGGGUUUCUUAUCUUCCUUUCUUCUGUUGGAGCUGGGAUUAAUACACCGGAGUCGCAGUUUCAUGUUUGGACUCAGUGUUUAUUAAUUCUUAUCUAUAGCACAGUCUCACGAGUCGUGAGCUCUAAACUAACAAGGAAGAAAAUGGAUCUGUCCCUAACUCUUUCCAAGGUCCCCCGAGCACAAACUGUCCAAUAAGGAGAUGACACCCAUACCAUUUUUACUUCCAACCCAAGAACCAAAUAAAUACCUGUGGUCUGCAAUGCAAACUUCUCCACCCAACCACAAAACAUCACUCAAACCCAUGAAGAGGAAGGCGAAAGGAGAACUUAGCCUACUCCCCAAAACCUCCAUCUUUCUUUAUAUAUAUUACUAUAUACUAAAAGCUUAAAUUCCAAGUUUUGUGCCCUGUGCUAUCACACGCUUCUAUUCAAACUACACACCCAUAAUCCCAGUGCCACCACAAUUCUGGAAGCCUACUCCAAGGCCUCAGGUCAAAUGCAGUGCCUGCCUGAGGGUCAGUGCCCUUCAGUGCAGAAAGCCCAAAGUUCCCAGCUUCCAGGGUUCCAACAGCUGCUUACAACCCAGCACAAAAUUUACAAAAAAUACUAAUAGAUUACAGCUUAACAUAAAACAGUGUGCAAUAUCAAGGUACCUAUAUUAAGUAUAGCAAAAUAAAUAGUAUUGAUUAGAAAUCACAUGUAACUUGCCAACAAAAUGAUGAUGAGGUACAUAACCUCUGCGGGAGUAACGCCAAGCUGGUGUCCCUACUCACAGAAGAAAAUCCACACAUUUCCAGGGAAACCAGUGAUGAAACCUCUUCUCCGUUCACUUCCAAUCCAAUGCUUCCCACUGACACCACAGUGUGGCACCAAACUGCAGAAGAAUCAACACACGACAUCCUUGCAUUUUCCUUUACUGCCAGCAUACAUCUUCCAGCUCUUCCACCCGGGUACUUCCUAUUCCUUCUUUACUACUUCCACUCCUGUUUCGAUGUUAAGAGUGAAAGAUAGUUGCUGGGUUCUCAUUAUAUGUGACAGAAGCUGUAAUUAACUAACAAAAUGUUUUUAAGACACUUUGCCCUACCACAUAACAAAGAUAAAGGGAGCCAGGUUGAAAAACAGGACCUGUAGAAUAUGUUUAACUAGGAUCUAAAAAGUAUUCAGGAAAAAUUUAACCAAAUAGGUUAUGUCUUUGUAAGUAGAGAGGAUAAAUAUUGUUUAAAAGAAAUAAGCAGCCAAUCAACAACCAGCCUGCAAGGCUGAGAAGUAAGACAUCCAGGAUGAUAGGGAAAUAACACCGAAAGAACCAGUUUUGUGCUUUGAAAACAAGGUAACAGAGACUGAGCAUGCACCAAUUCAGAGAGUUCAGUGAAAGGACAAAGGAUGAAGACUACGGAAUGAUAACUCCACCAGAGGAACUGUGCUCCUACUAAAGGACAGUAGAUGGCAGCAAAGACUGUGAACUCACGCUUGGAUACUCAUGUUUUAAAAUAGGCUUGUUUUAUGUUAUUGAUUUCUUCCUCUGCAUAAUGAAUAUGUAACAGCCUCGUAAAUAUAAACUGCAUUAAUUCACCCAGUGCUGGGAGCACUCAUGGUGUGGCCCCAGCCUUGUAAAUAAGAAUGCCUUCUUAACAGUGA